AUGCCGCCUAAAAGAAAAGCUCCCCUCGCAACAGCAGACGCCAACACGCUCGACACUCCAGCUCUAAAGAAAGCAACCAAAGGCAAAAGGACGACUAAUGGUGCCCCAUCUGCACCGGCUGCCCAGAAUAAAUACAAAUAUUCGGGCCCUGGUAGUAUGGUUAAUCAAGGACCUGUCGAUAUUACGUUCGUCAUGUGGCCAGGGAUUAAAGGCACCGAGGAAGAAGAAGUCGAGGAUGACAAGGAUGACGAGGAAGACGACAAACCCGAAUCUGGAUCUCUGCAGGAAACUCUAGAUGGGAUCGAGAACGAGAGGAGAAAGGCAGUCAAUGAAGCCAUCAAUGCUCGAAUGAACAAUAAUACCGUGUCAAGCUCGGAGAUACGCAACAUACGAGACGAGAAGUCGAAACCCUUCGAAAAGAAGGCGGAGCAGGCUAGAAAGAAGUUUCUGAAGGCGAAAACCAUGACAGCAGAGGAGGCAAGGGCAACAGUGGGGGUGGAUGAUGCAACCCGCAAUGAGAAAACAAAGGCUAAGAAGAAUUGUCAGGAGAGGCUGAAUGAGAUCUGCAGGGAGAGGAACAUGGCCGUUCAUAACGCUCUUAAUUCCGAUAAGAAGAGCUACAUAUCAGUUAGGGAGGGACAAGCCAGAAUUGCGAAGGCGGAGAAGCGAUUUUUGAAGAAAAUGGACGAAUGCAGGGGUGCUGUUGCGAAGUAUACCCCUUUGACAAUGGAGGAGGCAAAGGAGAUUGUGCCUAAUGUCGAGGUGGAUGAUGAGGGUAACGAAAUCACCAAGAAAAGUGCGGCACAGGCCAAAAAGGAUGCCAGGACAAAGACCUUUGUACCUCCCAGAGUCGUCACUGAUGAGGGCCUCCCAGUUAGCAGGGCUGGAAUGGAGAAGUUCAUUGAGAUCAAUCAGGAGAUAGAUAAGCGCAACCAGGAUGUCCACGGCUUGUAUAUAUACAAUGAUUUCUCUGGAUACGGUGUUACGGAAGUGAUGGAGAAUUUGCUGGCGGAGUUCAACAAGUCGAUCUUCAAGAAAGACAUUUCCCCACUUAAGAAAUGGGCAAUUGUCGAGGGCCUCACCCUCUACCUUACAAUGGGCGACCUCAGGGUAUGGAUGAUGAACGAUGAUUCCGAAGGCAUAGAGGAAGUUUUCAAUAUGAUGGGCGUCAUGUUUGUUACAGCUCUAGAAAUGCUUCACGAAUCCGCACUCAUCGGCCCCACAUCACCGUUGCCAGACAACGUCGGCGUCCUGAGCUUAUUAUUUCUCAACUUCGUGAUGAUUGGGUGCACUGAUUAUGAUCUCGAGUGGGCGCAUGAAGUUGUGAGAGCGGCUGAUGAGUACGGUGUGGUUCUUACUCCGAUGAAGCAGGUUGAGGAUGUGACCCAGGAUAGGCUGGACGAGUUGAGAGAUAUAUGCGAGAAAACCAAGAAGGGGAAGGGGCUUUUUUGGAAGACUGAGUACCCUAAGUUUAAGAGGGAUCAUCCAGGUGGUCGUAAAUAUGAUAUUACCAAGAUGUCCACGGCCCAGAAGGCUCAGUAUGAGUUUGGCAACGUGAGUGAAGAUUCGGAAGUCGAAGACUUGGACUAA